AUGCCUCGUCAAAUCAACGACAUUAAGCAAUUCUUGGAAAUCGCUCGCAGAAAGGACGCUACUUCUGCUCGCAUCAAGAAGAAUCAAAACAAGGAUGUUAAGUUUAAGCUCCGUUGCUCUAAGUACUUGUACACUUUGGUCGUUGCUGAUGCCAAGAAGGCUGAGAAGCUUCGCCAAUCUCUUCCUCCUGACUUGACUGUUUCCGAGGUUGGAAAGAAGGCAUAA